ACUAACAUGUUCAAACAGGCACUUAUACCAGAUCGAUUUCCAUGGUUACUAUGAUAUGGCUUUUCCCUUCGCUUCUCGACCCGAAGGGGCACCAUACAGCUCCAUGACCAUCAAAGUGAAGCCCGCCUACACCUACAUACGCAAGAACAUCGACGAAGAGGAGAAAAAAUUUGUCCAAUGCCAGGCCGCCUAGAAAGAAAACCAGAUAGGGCAGCAUUUUUACUCGACCUUCAUGAGACUCCCCUUUCCGCCGUAUAUCAACAAGAUCGUGUGCAUCGGACUCGGCAACUUCAUCGCCCCGGACAGUGAUGAAGAGAACGAGCUUCUGACUCUUUCUAUGCUGAGGCAUGCGGCCGUGCUGACCGUCGCCGAGACGCUGUUCAAGCGAUUCGGCCGUUAUAUACAGAUUAUCGCGCAGGACGUUGACUAUACCCCUGACUGCGCGAUGGUACUAUCCAGAAGGGGGUUCUUCAUCAGAGGUCGAAAUGGAGCAGGCGGAUUCGCCGAGAUCGACGACAAGACAUUCGUGUUCGCCCCCUCUUCCAAUUUCUGCCUCAAGGAGAUCGUAGCGGAUAUCGCAAAACCCGCAGCUAUGUUUUGGAGCACGGUUUUGACACCGGAAGAGAGCGAGAAAACAAGUAGGGCCCAUCAACUUGUUACCUUCGGGAACCAUAUCACGUCUACAUGGAACUAUCCUAUCGCGGAUGCCGAUACACCCCGCGUGCAACUACUCGUCAAGGAGUACGAUGUAUAUCAGUUCCCGUGCACCAACCUAUUUGGAUCAGUGUCAAUAUAUGCCUUCAGAAGAACGAGCAUGGUUAACAUGAAUCAGAAGAUAGGACUUCUAAAUAAAUAGCUUUAGGACUGUAUUUGUUAUGGCUUGGAGGAUAGGAGGUCCACACGGAUAUAGCGUUGGUCGUGCAUAGCUUUUGGGCUGGUUCAUAUAAUAUUAGAUGGCCGAUGUGGUCACUAGCGGACGUAGGAAUAGAGUCAGCUUUCUUGUGUGUUUACUAGAUAUUCUCCGAGUUUGAACUUGGUUGACUCGGUGAAUAUAUAAGUAGCGGGCUAAAAGAAAAUAUAAAUUCUAAUACAAAUUGUUAAGAC